AUGGCAGGAUCAAGCAUGAGCUUCCUGCGAUGGUCACUUCGCUGCAUCCCAGGCCUGGCUACCUUUGCCCUCAUCGUUCUGUUGGAAUGCGCAUUGAAAAUCGUGCAGACUGAAUGGCUUAGCUUCUUCUAUCCUCCAUUCCUCAAGCACUCGCAGGCACCAGUGGUUGCCCAAGGGCUAUUCAUAUCCUACUCAAUAUUCCUACAUAUACUUGCGCUACUCUUCCCACUGCGUCUUUGUGCUUCUGCAUGGGCUGCCACGGAAGGGAUCCGGGCCAGACACGGUCGGUCAAGAAUCAAGAAUGACGGCAGCCUCGAACGCGAUAUACCUCGCGAUGGAACAACGAAUAAUGAUACUCAUCAAGAUGGUGCGAAACAUACCGGACGUGUUAUCAUGGCAAUAGUGCUUCCGAGUUACAAAGAGGACAUUGAGAUACUGGAAACAUCUCUGCGUGUGCUGGCUUCUCAUUCCAUGGCAAAGGCUUCUUACGACAUCUUCUUAGCCAUGGAGGAGCGAGAUCCUAAUGGCGUCAACGUUGCAAAAAGCUUGCUGCAAUUGUUCUCAGGAAGCUUUCGAGGCAUACAAUACACCCAACAUCCCGCAAAUCUGCCCGGCGAAGCACCCGGCAAAAGCAGCAAUGUCAGCUGGGCUGCAAGAGAAAUCGAGCACAAAUACGUCAUGGAGGCGGAUUGGCCGAGUGUGCUUAUCACGGUGAUGGACAGCGAUACCCAUAUACUCAAUCAGUAUUUCGAAUUCGUUUUGGAACAACACCUCCUCAAACGCCGGGAGGAGGCCUCGACCGACAUGACCCUCUACAUGCCUCCUAUUGUUUUCGAUCGCAAUGCACACAAAGUACCCCGACUAGUGCGCAUGGCCGAUCUCAUGUGGUGCGGUGCGGGAUUGUCCACGUACGCCAGGCGAACGACUGCAACUACAGUGGCAAUACCUACGGCGGCGUACACCAUGCCCCUACCACUCAUCUGCCUAGCCGAAGGAUGGGAUACUGGCUCCGAAGCCAUCGGUGAAGACAGGCACAUGAUGUUGAAAUGUUACUUCGCUACAAAUGGUCGCAUGAAGAUUAUGUCUAUUCCAAGUCCAGUCAGUCAGUGCAACGUCACCACCGGCAAGGCUGGCUUCCGCGGCUGGGUUGCGAACCACUCGGCACGUUACGCCCAGGGACUUCGGCACAUGUGGGGUUGCCUGGACACAGGAUAUGCGGUUCGCCAAUGGUGCAAGAUUGGGCCCCGUCAGAUAUCUCAAGGGCCGAUAUCACUAGAUGAAGCCGCUGGCAGCUGUAGUCCGGACCGGGCAGACCGACCUCGUCAUGUGGAGUUGCGCCUAAAGCUCAGUCAACACGCUCUUCAAGGAUCCGACAAUCGAAGGUUCACGUACAGGAAUUUGGUCCUCUUCAGUCGGCUGUUCGAAGCACAUUUUCUGCCUAUCCAUCUAUUCCUUGUCCUUUUAGCAUCGGCUCUGUAUACAGCAUUGCCAUAUCCAAUGUCUUCCUGUCGACUUUUGACUGCAGCCUUGGACUUGACAUCAUACCUGCGCGCGGCUAGUUUUGGACUGAUGACACUAUACUUUGUCGUCUUCUACGAGAGGUAUCACACUGCUUGCGUCCAAGCCAGGGCAAGUGAAAUGAAGAAGGCCGGACUCUACGAGGAGUUGGCACACGAAUUCUCCUACCGAAAACGAUUGUCGAUCACAACCGUCCUGGACUACUUCAUGUUCCCAAUCGCAGGCACAAUGUUCGGCAGUGUGCCUCUAUUGCAAGCAAUCAUUUCGCACUUCUGGACGGAGAAGCUUGUAUAUUUGGUUAGCGCCAAAGCGGUGAGAGUGAUUGCGAAGAGCCUCGUUAGUGAUCGAGAGUUGAACCGUAAUCGGGGGGUGGUCGAAGUGUAA